CGAAUCACCCCUAUUCCCCCAAAGCUAGGUAAAUGAAAUCAACCAUGGAAGAAGUAGCAUAGUGAAGGAGAGAGACAGUAACAACAGAGUUUGAUUUAUAUAAAAACAGAGUCUUAUUUGGUGUAAAGGCUUUUUGGGUAGUGAGUGAGUCUUCUAAUCAAUUUCAUGAAUGUUUCAAAGGUUGGGGAUUCUGGGUCUUUUGGGUUUUGAUUCAUUGUCAGGUAUGAAUGCUCCAAAUGCUGAUCUGGGUCACUCAAUUUCUCACAAUUUGAGCUGCCAAUUUGAGCGAUCGAGUGUUUGGAGCUCAAAUCAUGGUGUGAUUUUCAAACUUUUCAGUCUUUCCCAAUGAGUUCUCUUUGAAAAUUUCGGAAUCCGAUGAUCAUUUUCUGGUAGGUUUCUAAUUUUGUUGUUUCAAUUCUUUGAUUCUUUCUCGGGUGGGUUUUGUUUUGUUCACUCUGUUCUUCAUUGCAUUCAUUCAUAUAGGGACACACACAUAUACAAUACCUUUUCACUAAUUUUCUUCCUCCACCUUCUGUGUAAAUCUCAUCGGAUUCCUGUUGGUUUUGUUAGUCUUUGAUUUGUUUAACUUCACACUCUCACAUAGUUUGUUGUUUCUCUGGAUUUCCCUUGACAUAAUUAAACACAGAAUAGUCAUACAUUGCAUAAUUUGUAUCUAUACAUAUACACAGAGAGAGGGAGAGAGAGCAAAAGAAAAGAAAAGAAAGGGUGGGUGUGUCCAAACGAAAGAAAUUGAGAAAAUUGGAAGGGUACAGAGAAUAUGUUGGCCGGGUGUUCUUCGACAUUGUUGUCACCAAGGCAUAGAUUUAGGAGUGAAGCAUCAACACAGUUCCAACCUUGUAAUUUCACUUCAAUGAGCACACAAAGAUUGGAUUUGCCAUGUAGUUUUCCCAGAAAAGACACCUCAAGAUCACAACCCAUUAGGCCAGUUGGCCUUUCUGUCGAAAAACCGCUUGAAUCGAAGACCAAUACUUGUAAUCUGAAGCAGAGCAUUCGCCUCCCGCCAUCUGCAACGACCGCUCAGACCACCACCGCAUUCAUCGAAGGCGGUGGUGGUAGAGACAUCAAAGAUGAAUUGUGGGAAAAAGGUACAAAAAGCUUGAAGAGAUUUGCAGAACAGAGCUUUUUCGACGACAACGACGACGACGAUGAGCCCUGUAUGAAGAGGGCUAAGAGGAAAAGGGGUUGUGGAAGAUCAUCAGAUGAUUCUCAUUCUCCAAAAGGCGGUGCAGACGAAGAAUUGAGGAGUUUAGGCCAUCUGGGUAGUGGGAAUUUUUGGUUUCAGCCAAGUUUUGAGAGAGUCUGUUUUGUGCCAAGUGAUGUGAUCUCACUGCCUCUGCCUCUAUCAAACACUCCAUUUGUGACUGAGAUUGCAGACUUAGGAGAUGACAAGAAUAUCGAAUCGAGCCACAGGCAGCCCGUGCAGGCGGCGUCAGGAUCGAGUACUUCAUCUGAGAGCCAUAGCUUGUCCUUGAAGCUCAGUGACAACCCUUCUGGGCAUGAAAUUGGUAACGGGUCAGGACUACCUAAUCCCCCAACUGGUGGAGGAACAGAGGUGGCUGCUGCAGGGGACAACAACAACCACAGGGAAGAUGAUGGGUUUGAGCUCAUAAGCUUAUUAAUGGCCUGUGUAGAAGAGAUUGGAUCGAAAAACAUUGCAGGAAUCAACCAUUUCAUAGCUAAAUUGGGUGAUCUUGCUUCUCCAAGAGGGUCCCCAAUUAGUCGUCUCAUCGCUUACUUCAUCGAAGCUUUAGGUUUGCGAGUCACAAGACUUUGGCCAAAUAUUUUUCACAUCACAACACCUCGGGAGCUUGAUCGUGCAGACGAUGAUGGUGGCAAUGCAUUGAGGCUUUUGAAUCAGGUGAGCCCAAUUCCCAAAUUCAUUCAUUUCACUUCAAAUGAAAUUUUUUUGAGAGCUUUUGAAGGGAAGGACAGGGUUCACAUCAUAGAUUUUGACGUAAAGGAAGGCCUUCAAUGGCCUAGCUUGUUUCAAAGUUUGGCCUCCAGAACUAAUCCUCCAAGCCAUGUUAGAAUCACCGGUGUUGGCGAAUCCAAACAAGACCUAAUCGAAACAGGAGAGAGACUAUCUGGAUUCGCUGGGGCGUUGAAUUUGCCUUUCGAAUUCCACGCUGUUGUCGAUAGAUUGGAAGAUGUCAGGCUUUGGAUGCUUCAUGUCAAGGAGAGGGAAACAGUGGCUGUGAAUUGCAUUUUCCAACUUCACAAGACGCUUUAUGACGCUUCUGGAGGAGCUUUUAAGGACUUUUUGGGGCUAAUUCGAAGCACGAAUCCAACUAUUGUGGUUGUGGCAGAGCAAGAAGCAGAGCACAAUGAGAUCAGCUUGGAAGCUAGACUUUCCAAUUCACUCAAAUACUAUUCUGCUAUUUUUGAUUCGGUUGAUUUUAGUUUUCUUCCAUUGGAUAGCCCGGUCAGGAUCAAGAUAGAAGAGACAUUUGCACGCGAAAUUAGGAAUAUUAUCGCUUGUGAAGGAAUCGAUAGGGUUGAAAGGCACGAAUGCUUUGCAAAGUGGAAGAGAUUGAUCGAGCAAGGAGGGUUCAGAAGCGCGGGGAUUACUGAGAGAGAAUUGAUUCAAAGCCAAAUGUUGUUGAAGAUGUACAAUUGUGAGAAUUGGAGUGUGGAGAGGAAAGGACAAGACGGGGAUGCCAUUACACUUAAUUGGUUAGAUCAGCCUCUUUUCACCGUGUCAGCGUGGGCUCCGAUUGAUGCUGCUGUUGUUGCAGGAAGUUCUUCAUCGUACUCUCAGCCGCCGAGUUGAUUUGCUGUGGAUUUUCUUCUUCUUGAUCAUACAUUUGAUUUUCAUCGUUUUCAUUUUCGUUCCAUCAUAAUAUAUACUAAAAAGGGUAGGAAAUUCUUUGUAGGUAGAGAAAUCUUUGAUCAUUCUUUCAUUCUUUUGUUGCAGAUAAAAGAUUUCUAGGUUUUCAGUGGGUAGUUUUUGGAGUCUCAUUUGUUUGUCUAUUCUUUGAUUCUUUCUUUGAUGUAUUUUCUGAAAUUCUUUGUUAGUUUGUGUUACUUUGAAAUAUGUAUUCUUUGGUUUUUUAUUUUAUUUUAUUUUUUUGAAAGGGUCACCAAUUUCAUUUAUUUUUGAACCAUGUAGUUGAAAUUUGUAUUCAUAUAUAUAUGAUAUGUUUCAUUGUGUUGAGU